CCGGUUAAUGUAUUUAAUAAUGGUGAUAUUGUAUUUAUCUCCGGUAAAUAUAUUAUUGAAAGCUCUGAACUACAUUUUGCUAUUGCAUAUGCAAGUGUUGUUAAUAAUAAAAAUCUCAACAGAGAAUUUGAUGUGACUGAUCUUCCUGAAUGUGUACCACAUUGUGUAUACUUAGUAACUGUUAAUUGUAAACCAAAACAAAUCGAAGAUUUUAUUUAUUUUGGUGCAGAAACUAUAGAAUAUAAUUCAGUUACUUCUAAUUCUGAUAUCAAAAUGGACAUGACCAUUGUUUAUCCUCUCAAAUCACCAAAAUUUAAAUAUUUGGCUACAGAUAUUGACUAUUUGAAAACUUCAGCUAUUAAUAUUAAUCUGGUUAAAAGCUUCUCUCUUGCAACACCAAAUGCGCCAUCAAUUAUUGAUCUUAUUGACGAUAAUCUCAAUUCUGCCAAUCCCCAAACAUCUGAAAAAUCUACUAAACCCUUCAAUAUACAAAAUGUUGAUAUAGAGAAUAAUAACCUGCCUGAUUCUGUAAGUUUAGAUAAUAAAGAUUAUAAAAAACAAUCUGAAGAUAAUAAAAAAACUGUGAAAUCAGAUAAUGAGGAAGAUUUAUAUAAUGAGUUUGAAGAAAACCAAAAGGUACAUCUUAAAAAGAGAAAAGGAAAUACUGCUAAAGCUCAAAAAGAAAAGGGAAAGAAAGUUAAAAAAUAA